UCCUCCUCCUCCCCCCUCCUCCUCAGCAGUUUAUUGUCGCUGACAGUCGGAUUAUUCCUCACAGCAGCAGCAGCAGCAGCUCUGCUCCCUCUCCACCUCCUCCUCCUCCUGCUCUCCGUCCGACAAUGCAGGCACCAACUCAGGAUCUAUGAUUUCUGCCUCCUUCCUCCACGAACUGUUCGAGUGAUGUUGCCACAUCCACAGAUCACAGCAAGUCAGUUGAGUUGAAAGAGAUACAAGGAUAAAGCCAAAAGAUCCUUCUUCUAGAGACCAGCUCUACCGACUCCAUCCCACCAUCCACCCCCAAACCCAACCUCCCCUUACCCCCUCACAGUUCCAACACUCUCCAAGGGUAUUUUGCUGGGUUCUGUGGUGUUCUGGAAAUUUCCAUUCGCCUAGGGGCCUCGGACCUUCAUGCGUCUCCCAGCAGUAGAGUCCACCCACACAUCCACCCACCACACCACCGCCUCCACCACCAUGAACUGUGAACAGGAGUUUGGAGAUGGAGCCAUGGGAGUCACGCUCACACUACGCCUCCUUAUGCACGGAAAGGAGGUAGGAAGCAUUAUUGGCAAGAAAGGAGAAACGGUGAAAAGAAUACGAGAAGAGAGCAGCGCCAGGAUCAACAUCUCAGAGGGGUCGUGUCCGGAGAGGAUCAUCACCAUCACAGGGCCGACGGACUGUGUGUUCCGAGCCUUCACCAUGAUCACGUUCAAACUGGAGGAGGAUCUGACGGCACUGGUAGCCAACGGCACAGUGACCAGCAAACCUCCAGUCACUUUAAGACUGGUGAUCCCAGCCAGUCAGUGUGGCUCUCUCAUUGGCAAGGGCGGCUCAAAGAUCAAAGAGAUCAGAGAGACAACAGGUGCCAAGGUGCAGGUGGCGGGCGACCUCCUCCCCAGCUCCACAGAGCGUGAGGUGACGAUAUCGGGGAGCCAGGACGCCAUCAUCCAGUGUGUUAAACUCAUCUGCACCGUAAUCCUUGAGUCUCCACCGAAAGGAGCCACUAUUCCAUAUCGACCAUGUCCCACCCCAGGAACUGUGCUGCUGGCUGGAAACCAGGUGUUCGAGGCAUCAGACUUUGGCUCCCACCCCCUGUUUUCAGUGGCACAGGGAGGAAUGGACCUGCAGCAAACAUAUGCAGUCCAGAGUCACUAUGGCAUUCCACAUUCAGAGCUCGCGAAGCUCCACCAAUUGUCGAUGCAGCAACAGGGCCUCGCCACCAUCAGCCAAUCAGCUGCACCUGUUCUCUCGGGAGUUGAAGCCAGUUCCCAAACUACAUCUCAGGAGCUCCUCAUUCCAAACGAUUUGAUUGGUUCAAUCAUUGGUCGCCAGGGCACCAAGAUAAAUGAGAUCCGUCAGGUAUCAGGGGCUCAGAUCAAGAUCGGAAGCCAGAUUGAAGGCACCAGUGAUCGUCAUGUCACCAUCACUGGCACACCUAUAGCCAUUAACCUGGCUCAGUAUCUAAUCACUUCAUGUUUAGAGACAGCCAAAUCCACCGCCCAGUCCUCCUCCAUGCCGUCUCCCGUUGACUUGACCAUGAGCUUCACCCAGCCUGCCCCCCCUGUCUCUGCCUCGUCCUCCUCCUCCUCCCCCCUGGCAGCGAUGGGCGCCACACUGCCCCAUGCUCCCAUCCUGGGCGCUCCCUAUGCCCUCCCCCUCACCAGCCUCCUGGGAGUGAAAUCCAUCCCCUACCUGGCACUCUCCACCCCUCCCGGUUCAGCGGUGGCGGCUGCAGCGGCAGCUAUCGGGGCCCCGGUGAUCCCGGGUUCCGCGGCGACAUCGGCUGUUGCAGUUCCAGCCCACGCAGCAGCAGCUCUGGCAUCCUACACGGCCAAGAUCUCAUCCUCAGCCAACGGGAUGAAGAAGCCCGAGAGACAGAAGUUUGCACCGUACUGAAGAAGGCGGAUUUCGUGAAGCGCGGAGGUGCAUCACUGAGGUACCCUGUGGUGGUGAUGAUGAUGAUGCUAGUUUACCAGGAGGGCAGUUUCAUUUCUUCUUCUCCUUCUUUCUUUUGUGACCUUUGUUCCAUUUCUUUUGUCUGCUCAGAAAAUGUCAAAGUGGGAUGAUUGGAAACAUAUUUCAGACAUGGACUUGCUGUUA